UCUUUGUUUCUUUCUCUUAAUUUCAUUUCGGCCCUCUUGUUUACACAUCGCUUUCCUUCUGGAAUAGAACAAGAGCAAAGACAAGAAGACGUUUGUGAACGGAUCUUGCUGGAGGGCUUGAAAGAUGGUUGCUGAAGAUGCAAUCUCCAGUGGGUUUGUCGCCAACCCUAAUCCCCAUCAAUCUCUACCACUCGCCAAGAAGAAGAGAAAUCUCCCUGGAAACCCUGAUCCGGAAGCAGAAGUGAUAGCACUGUCGCCAAACACACUGAUGGCGACGAACAGAUUCGUGUGUGAGAUAUGCGGAAAAGGGUUUCAAAGAGACCAGAACCUGCAGCUUCACAGGAGAGGACACAAUCUGCCAUGGAAGCUGAAACAGAGAGCCAACAAAGAUGCGGCUGUCAGAAAGCGAGUUUACGUCUGUCCGGAGAAGGCAUGCGUCCACCACCAUCCCUCCCGGGCUCUCGGCGAUCUCACCGGCAUCAAGAAACACUUCUGCCGCAAACACGGCGACAAAAAAUACAAAUGCGAGAAAUGUUCCAAGAGAUACGCUGUCCCCUCCGACUGGAAAGCUCAUAUGAAGACUUGCGGUACCAGAGAAUACAGAUGUGACUGUGGAAGCGUCUUCUCUAGGAGAGACAGCUUCAUAACUCACAGGGCGUUCUGUGAUGCUUUGGCUGAAGAAACAGCGAGAAUAAACGCGGUCUCUCAGUUCACUGGCGGCAACUAUCACCAUCUCAUGGGGACACCAUUAAUGUUUGGACCAAACACUACUUCUCACAACUUCUCCUCUCUUCCCAAACCCAUCGACUACUCCCUGACAGAUGAAACCCGACCAGCAUCCCUCUCCUUGUGGACAGCUCAAGGACAACAAACUCAAAAUGGUAUCCCAAUGGCCAACAGCCACGCUAAUCCGCAAGCUCAGUUUCAUCAGAUCGGGUUGAUGAACUCGAGAUCAUCUCUCAUAAACAACGACCACAACCUUAUCUCUUGUUCUAGCAACCCUCAGUCUUUUGAUAACAAUUAUAAUAAUCUCCACAAUCUGAACUGGGUUUUCGGAAGCAAGCUCUCUUCCUCCAGCAACGAGGAGUUCAUCUUCGGUGGAAACGUAAAUAACAAGGAUGCCACGACCGUGGGUGUGCCUUCCUUGUACAGCAAGCAACAUCAAAUCACGACUGGUCAAGCCGAGCCAGCUGCUGGUAACUCAGCCACAGCUCUCUUGCAGAAAGCUGCCCAGAUCGGAGCGACCACGACAGACCCAUCGUUCCUCGCGAGCUUUGGUUUAAGGACAGGCAACGGUCCAUGUACGGUACUGCCGGUUCAAGACGGUAACAAAUACUACGGUGAUAUGUUCGGUUCGAACUCGAUGGUUACUUCUCUUGGAAGCGACCAUGACACAGAGAACUCGACCAACGAGAUCUCGACAUUGAACCAGCUUCCGACACAGCCGCCGGCGAAGCGCCGCCGCGUGGAAGAAGGUGAAGGCGGAGGAGGAGGAGAAGGGCAGACGAGGGAUUUUCUUGGGGUUGGAGUAGAACCAAUGAGCCAUCCAUGGAUUUGAUCUAUGAAACACAGUCGUUCUCGUGUUUUGUUGAUUCUUUGUGGUUUUCUUGGAAGAUAGAGAGAGAGAGAGUCGAGGUUUGGUGCAAAGGAAAAGCGAUACUGAAAAAGAAAAGAAGGGAAAAAGUUGGCAAUUGAGUGCUUGGAAAAGGCUAUAUGUAUGAGAGAAACCAUACACGGAUUUGAAAAAGAGGGGAAACACCCAUUUGUAUUAUGGAGCUUUAUAAGUGUUUAUUUGUGAUAUC